UCUCUCUCUCUCUCUCUCUCUCUCCGUACGCUUUGCUUUUGCUUCAUCUUCCAUUCCAAUCCAAUCCAAUCCAAAUCCAGAGAGCGAGGGAGCUAGCUAGCUAGGGUUUCCUUUCCCCACCCCCACCUCCACGCCGCCGCCGCCGCCGCCCCCGCCAUCAUCGCCCCACCAUGAUCGGCGACGACGCCCACCCCACCACCCCGCCGCCCUCUCCACCGCCGAUCGCGCCCACCCCGUCGCCGCUUGGCCUCGGGAGGCGCCUGCUCGGCUCCAUCCGUGCCCUCUCCUCCGCCAUCGCGCUCCCCUCCUCGCCCACAACCCCGGCCGCCGCCUCCUCUUCGCCCAGGCUCGGGCGAGGCCUCAGCCUCCUGCUCCACCUCAAGCCCGACCUCCAACUCAACCCUCCACCACCCUCCUCCACCGCAUCCGCAUCCGCAUCCGCAUCCGCCUCCCACCAGGACCAGGACCAGGACCAGGACGCGGAGGACCAGCAGCCAACCCACGCUCCCAAGGCCAAGAGGGCGCUCAUCCUUGCUCCUCAAACCACAACGCCAUCCCUCGCUCCUUCCGCUCCCGUCCACCACCACCACCGCCAGGAC